AUGGGAAACGAAAGUGAUUCCUCUCCUGACUGCCUUUGGAAAUACUCUCGCGAGCCAUUGACUGUGCCAUUGUUAGCGCGCCUCUGCAGAACUGAUUUGGAGGAGGAAGACCGUAUACGAGCCUGGCAGGUAGCUGAGAUUGUAUCACGUGCAAUCCUCACUUAUAUGGGAGAUGAUCGCUUGGUACGUCGGAAAGCCAGGCCUCGAGAGUUAAAAAGUCUAACGGACACUAUAUUCAGUCCGAUGCUGCGUCACGAGGGCCUCCGAGAUGAAGUUUAUUGUCAGCUUAUUAAGCAGAUCACAUGCAAUCCAUGCCGGUUAGUCUUAGAAGAUACUUGUGCUUAUAGCUGA